UUCCGUAAAGAAAUACGAGUAUAAAUCAUUUUAAAUCACUACAUUUGUUUACAGAGUGAGUAUUUUGCAACACAAACAAUACUCGGCUCACUCAAACCAGCAAAACACGGCUCACCAUUUGCGACUCCAAAAUCCAAAUCGAAAGCUCUCUCCACCGCGUACGAACUCGACGGCCGUUGCCGCCGACGAUGUCGCGCAUCCGCCUCUGCCGCCGCUCCUCCUGCUUCCUCUGCCCAUCCUCCUUUACCUCGCCGAUUCAACGCCCCUGCUUCCGCCGCUCCUCCUACAUCCAGCCAAAGUCCGGCCUCCGCCUCCGCCACUGCUCCACCACGUCGAUGUCCCGCGUCCGCCUCACCACCCUCCCCUUCUUGGUCUCCCCUUCUUGGUCUCCCCGCGACGCCUUUGCCGCGGCCACAAAGCUUGGACGCGCAGGCACGCUCAGUCGAGACGACGCACACCACAUGUUCGACGAAUUGUUUCGUCAGGCCACCCCGGUCCCCGGGCGCUCCCUGAACGGCUUCCUUACCGCUCUCGCCCGUGCUACAUCCUCUUCCGCGUGCAUCACAGAUGGCCCCGCCCUCGCCCUUGCUCUCUUCAACCGCGUGUGCCGGGAGCAAGCCGGCCCGCGGGUGGUGCCGCUCACAGUCCACACCUACAGCAUCCUCAUGGACUGCUGCUGCCGCGCGCGUCGCCCGGACCUAGGGCUUGCCUUAUUCGGCUGUAUCCUCAGGACGGGCUUGAAAAUACACCAAAUCACUGCCAACACCCUCCUCAAGUGCCUCUGCUACGCCGAUCGUAUGGAAGAGGCUGUCAACGUGCUGCUUCAUAGGAUGUCCGAGCUCGGCUGUGUGCCUGAUGCCUUCUCAUACUCCAUUGUUCUGAAGGCCUUAUGCGACAAUAGCAUGAGCCAGCGGGCGCUCGAACUGUUCCAGAUGAUGGCGAAACAAGGAGGUGGCUGCUCCCCUGAUGUGGUGGCGUAUAACACGGUCAUCCAUGGCUUUUUUAACGAGGGCGAAACAGGGAAGGCAUGCAGUCUAUUCCAUGAAAUGAAGCGGCAAGGUGUUGUGCCCAGUGUGGCAACAUAUAACUCGAUUAUUGACGCGUUGUGCAAGGCCAGAGCAAUGGACAAGGCAGAGCUAAUCCUUCGGCAUAUGACUACCAAUGGUGCUCAACCCGAUACAGUGACAUAUACUUGCAUGAUCCGUGGAUAUGCCACGUUAGGGCGGUUGAAAGAGGCUGCUAAAAUGUUCAGAAAAAUGAAAAGUCGGGGUCUUAUACCAAAUAUUGUUAUUUGCAACUCGUUCCUGGCCUCCCUUUGCAAGCAUGGAAGAAGCAAAGAAGCUGCAGAAUUUUUUGAUUCCAUGACAGCCAAGGGCCACAAACCGGAUAUCGUCUCAUACUGUACUUUGCUUCAUGGGUAUGCCAGUGAAGGAUGCUUUGCUGAUAUGAUUGGUCUCUUUAAUUCAAUGAAAAGCAAUGGUAUUGCAGCCGACUGCCGUGUUUUCAACAUAUUAAUCCAUGCCUAUGCUAAACGCGGAAUGGUGGAUGAUGCAAUGCUCAUAUUUACGGAAAUGCAGCAACAAGGUGUGAGUCCAAAUGUAGUCACAUAUUCAACUGUGAUAUCAGCAUUUUCUAGAAUGGGUAGGUUGACCGAUGCCAUGGAGAAAUUUAAUCAGAUGGUUGCCAGGGGAAUUCAACCGAACACAGCUGUUUAUAGAUCCAUAAUUCAGGGCUUUUGUAUGCACGGUGGUUUGGUUAAAGCCAAGGAACUGGUUUCUGAAAUGAUAAACAAAGGUAUUCCUCGUCCUGACAUUGUGUUCUUCAAUUCAGUAAUAAACAGUCUGUGCAAAGAUGGAAGGGUUAUGGAUGCACAUGAUAUCUUUGACUUGGUUACAGACAUAGGUGAGAGGCCUGAUGUCAUUACAUUUACUUCACUGAUUGACGGAUAUUGCUUAGUCGGCAAAAUGGAUAAAGCAUUUAAAAUACUUGAUGCCAUGGAAGUAGUUGGUGUUGAGCCUGAUAUUGUUACUUACAAUACACUUGUUAGUGGCUAUUGUAGUAAUAGAAGAAUCGAUAAUGGAUUGACUCUGUUUAGAGAAAUGUUGUGUAAGGGAGUUAAACCUGAUACUAUUACAUACAACAUCAUACUGGAUGGGUUGUUCCGAUCCGGGCAAACUGUUGCUGCAAGGAAAAUGUUCCAUGAGAUGAUCGAAAGUGGAACAACAGUGACCAUUUCCACAUACGGUAUAAUACUUGGAGGUCUUUGUAGAAAUAAUUGUGCAGACGAAGCGAUUGUCCUGUUCCAGAAAUUAGGAGCAAUGAAUGUAAAGUUCAGUAUUACAAUACUCAAUACCAUGAUUGAUGCAAUGUACAAGGUUCAAAGAAAAGAAGAAGCUAAGGAGUUGUUUGCUGCAAUAUCAGACAGUGGGUUGGUGCCUAAUGAAUCUACUUACGCAGUAAUGAUAAGAAAUCUUCUAAAAGAUGGAGCAGUGGAAGAUGCUGAGAAUAUGUUUUCAUCAAUGGACAACAGUGCUAUCGUUCCCAGUUCCCGUCUUAUAAAUGAUAUCAUCAGAAUGUUGUUGGAGAGAGGUGAGAUAGCCAAGGCUGGAAAUUAUUUGUCUAAAGUUGAUGGGAAGGGUAUCUCACUUGAAGCCUCAACUACCUCAUUGAUGUUGUCUCUCUUUUCAAGGAAAGGGAAACAUCAGGAGGAUAUUAAGUUGCUCCCUGCAAAGUAUCAAUUUUUCAAUGGAUUUGGUUGACUACCUGUUACGCUGUAUAUGAACUAAUUCUUCGGAAAGCACGGUUAUGUUAUUGCUUGUGAAAGCUCUCCUGCCAGAACAACUGUAUAAGAAAUCCAAACUGCCUACUUGUAUAGUUGAGUCCAUUUUCCGGUUUGUCCGGAUCACAUGACACAUGUCUAUGGAUCUUUUAAAUCUUGGAUGGACGAGGAAAGGUAGACAAUGAGUGUAGCGCGACUGGUUACAAUUUGAGGCGUAAUUACUUCUGAUGGCGAUUGGGAAAGUCAAGUUGGAUUACACUGAUGUUACUGCUACAAACCCAGCUGCAUGAAGACUUAUACUAAUGUGGUGUGCCUCAAGGCCCAUGACCUCAGUGUGGUAUCUAUGGCACUAAGCAGCUAAAGAAGAAGUUUAAGCGCCAUCAGCGAAGGCAUGGAGGUUCAUUUGUCACUGAGAAGAUUAAAUGCCACAUUGCGGACUGCAAUGCUCAUUUUGAAAGGUGUUAUUAACUUUGAAUAUCAGGAACCCAAUUUGGAUAAGCGUAUCAAUUUAAGGACUACAACACCGUGGAGCUGUUGCGGCCUGCUGCUACCGUGUACUCGUGGCCCGUCACGGGAGCUACCUGGACCUGCUGCACCCCGUCAUGCUGUUCAUGCAGUGUGUGCAAGAAAAGCUCCGGCUCAGAUGACCAUUGCGUGGAGCAAAGGUCCCAAAGUCAUAAAGGCUCCCGUUUACAAAGUAAAGCGCGCAUGCCAUCACGGACCACAUCGACUGAAACAACAUGGAAGAUUGGAGCGGAAGGACAAAAUAGUUUUCCACUCAAGAAACUUGGAAGUUGUUCAGAAUCAGAAUGUCAUCAUCAUCAUCAUCAUCAACAGGGCAGCCGCACAUGCUUGUGUCCAUGUCCACCGACCCUAUCAAGAAGCACAAACACAAGGAGACACAUCACCAGGUGACCAAAGGGGAGCAGAGCCAACAUGAAGACAGGUCACUCAGAAUUAAUUUGUUCUUCUUCGUCGAUGAUUACAGGUCACUUGACACUCUUCUCCUCCUUUAUUAUGGUUUCAUAGUUUUGUACUGACAGCAGAACAAGUUAAGUGUCUAUCGACGGCCUCACCUGUGGGUCCAGUGGCAUGUUCUUAUAAUUUAUUUUCAAAUUACUUUGCUUAUGAGCUCUCACAGUACAUCAUCAGAGUGUUGGAUCAGGCAAUGGCAUGCUCCUUUAUGCCAUGAUAUUAUUACCUUGGGGCUGACAAAAGGCAUCACCAAGCAUACACUUGCC